CAUAUGUAUCCGUUUCGCUCAAGCCUUUGCGCUUCAAGCCAGCACCGUCUUGUCGCAUGUGUGGGCGACAAUUGUGCGGUCUUUCCUGUUGCAGUCGAAGGCGUCUCCUGGAGAGCUCUGGUGUCCCCCGCACUGGACCGGGUAUCAUUUGUGUUGUGGUGCAUGCCAGAGUGUUGCAACCCGAAGCUGCUUGGAGAUCAGCCGCUGACCUUCGCGAGCAUCUCCGAGGUGGUCUCUAAUGAUAUUAGCUUGAGGAGGUAGGGCAUUGACGCUGAAGCGGCAUACCAGGGCGCCGACACGUCAAAGAUGACAGGUGAGACGGAAAGUUUGUCCUCAGUGUCGUCCCGUCGGUCGUCAGUUCAGGUUUUUGGCGCGGGCAUGUUGCUGGGCAUCCUCCAUGUCCUGUCCGGCCCCGAUCACCUCUCCGCAUUGGUGACCCUGUCAGUAGGUGGCUCGUGGCGCGCUUUCCACCUCGGGCUUCGAUGGGGCUGUGGCCACUCGAGUGGCCUAUUUCUUAUGACGUUCCUCUUUUUCCACUUCAAGAUCGAUCUUGAGAAACUGGGCCCGUACUGUGAGGCUCUGGUGGGCCUCUUCAUGAUCGCCCUCGGGCUCGGAUCUGGGUAUCGAGUGCUCCGCGAAGCGACACCAGAGGUGACGAUCGAGUUGCAAGGCUUGUCGGAGGCUGGCAGCGACGGCGCAAUCAGGCUCGAUGGCGAUGCGGGGCGACGGCCGAUACUGCAGUGGCGACAGAGGGACAUCUGCGAGAGGGAGGAGAGAAGAGCCAGAGCCGACAGCGACGGCGAAAUGCCGAGCAGAGUCUGGGCCGAAGGGGUGCUGGGGUCCUUGGGCGGUGAACAUUCGCACACGGGGACAAGAUGGUUGGAUAUUCGUUCGAUCCAUAACCCUCUCCUGCAGAAGCUCGCUGCAAUGGGGAUUGGUAUCGUGCACGGCAUUGCAGGGCCGGGAGGCGUGCUAGGUGUGGUACCCGCAGUCGAGCUGCACGACCCAUUGCUGGCAACUCUCUAUCUUGGCAGUUUCUGCGUGGCUUCGAUCAUUGUGAUGGGUGUCUUUGCCGCAGCGUUUGGGGAGGUCACGUCGCGGGUGGCACAGAGGCGCGGCGGGAACGCUGGUCUGUUGAGAUGCAUGUCGCUGGCGUCUGCGGGACUAUCGUUGGUCGUGGGGCUUGCAUGGAUGGUGCUGCUCUACUUUGGCGUGUUGGAUCAGGUCUUCCCCUGAGGUGGUAUGAUUUGUGGAAUUAGUGUCACCUGCCGAUGGUCCUCAAGUGGUACGACGGUGGGCGGGCCACUGGAGAUGCCAGAUGGUGAGUGGUGGGCUGAGUGAGCAAUCGUUGUGAAAACCGUCUUUUGGGCCGUCUUGGAGGUCUCUUGGGCCGUCUUGGGGAUCUCUUGGGCCGUUUUGGGGCCGUCUUGUUUCAUUCUUGGGCCACGCUGG